UGUGUGGAGAAGGAAGUCAGAAGAGAGGUGCGGUGUGUGGGGUAGGUUUGUUAAAACUGUCAAAGACUGACUUUGUAAGACACAGAACAUCUGCAAAUACAAUGCUGUUCCUGCAACUUGUGUUGCUGGUGGUUCUCCUCUCAGGUGGUGACAAUGAAAACGACUUCCAGGAGACCUCCUUCCAAAUCAUCCUGACCACAUCUUUUUACAAUGAUUCCUGGACACAAAAACUAGGCUCAGCAUGGCUGGAUGAACUACAGACUCAUGGCUGGGACAGUGACUCUGGCAAUUUCACAUGCCUAUGGCCUUGGUCCAGGGGAAACUUCAGCAACAAGGAGCUGAUGGAAGAGGAAAGGUCAUUCCAUACAUUCUCCAUUAGAUUUCCUCUGAUAUUUCAGGACCAUUUCAGUGAAUGGCAGCUUGAAUAUCCCUUCCAGGUACAGGCAGCAAAAGGCUGUGAACUGCACUUUGGGGAACCAUCAGUAGGCUUCAUGAGGAUUGCUUAUCAAGGAUCAGAUCUUGUGAUCUUCCAGAACAAGUCAUGGUGGCCAUCUCCAAAGGGAGGAAGAAGGGCUCAGCUGGUCUCCAGACUAUUCAAUCAGUACCAUGUGAUCAAUGUAAGACUACAAACACAUAUCAGUGACACCUGUCCCCGUUUCCUCUUGGGUCUUCUUGAUGCAGGGAAGACACAUCUGAAGCGACAAGUGAGGCCAGAGGCCUGGCUGUCCACUGGCCCCAGUCCAGGCCCUGGCCAUCUGCUGCUGGUGUGCCAUGUCUCUGGCUUUUACCCAAAGCCUGUGUGGGUGAUGUGGAUGCGUGGUGAGCAGGAGCAACAGGGCACCCAGCGAAGUGAUGUUCUGCCCCAUGCUGAUGGGACGUGGUAUCUUCAGGUGUCCUUGGAUGUGAAAGCCAUGGAGGCUUCUGGCGUGUCAUGCUUGGUGAGACACAGCAGUCUAGGAGGCCAGGACAUGGUCCUUUACUGGGAGAAGCAUCAACCCAUAGGCUUGGUCUUCCUGGAAGUGAUAGUGCCCCUGGUGCUUCUGGGAGUUCUCACCUUGUGGCUCUGGAAACACAGGAAAACUCACUGGAGACCUCAAUGCACUGGCCUCCCACUGGAAUGAGAAAUCAACAGCCCAGGGACCAGGAUAUACUUAAACCCAGCUCAGCAGUGAUGUCUUUGCAACCCUUUCUGUGCAACUUUUGUGUUUCAUUCGUGCUUAAUGAUCAGUUGACAAUUUAAGCCCAGUGUAACUUGGCUGGAUUUGUUUUUAUGACUUGGUUUCCAACUUAAUCUCAAAACUGAACUCAGAGUAAAAUGAAUUAUGAGUGACCUCUAUGGGUCACGAGAAUCAGAUAUCACUUCCUCCAGUGAGAAUUCCCUGAUUCACAAGUAGAUUCAGUAUCCUUUGUAAGACUACCACUACCUUGACCUCCACUUUGGCUAAUCUGUUCCUGUCCCCAAACCCUUCUUGGUCCCAUUAGGUUCCUUUUGCUUUCUAACUCUUAGGCCUUUUGAGAACAAUGUCCAUGUCUUUUAAAUAUUUCUAUCUUUGCCAAAUGUCUCAUUGCAUGGAAUAUUUCCUUAAUAAAAAUAUGUGUGAUAUA